GUGUUUUUUUACUGACUUGCAGAAAUUCUAUUUCAUAUACAGGCUCUUUGUUGCCACAUAUAUUUAAGCUAUCUCAUCACACCACAGCUCACCUAGUCCCUCUCUUAAUGGUGUCCUUUAAGGAAGAGUUCUUCUCAAAAUAACACCUGCCAGUCUUAAAAGCCUCAGAUUCUGAAGCUCCAUCUGUGCUCUGCUCUGGACCCAUCGAUGCCUGACUCCCUCUUGAACUGAGGAUCCUGUGAACCAUCCUCAGAGCUCCACUUCCCCAUCCCAUUGCAGCAUCCACACACAUCUGCCUCUGGAGACAUGAGGGCCUCCGAAGCUGGGAGGUCACUUGGGGGUCAGGGGGUAGAUGAGCUUAGUUUUCCAGUAGUGCGCUGUCUCCCAGGCUGAACGAUGCUGAGGCCAGGCACAUUCAGGCAGACUCUGGAUCUUUCUAAUGGAGGUGUCCCAUAGCCAUGGUCCAUCCCAGUUCCCUGGCAUGGGCUUGAUGAAGCCACAGAAAAUGUCAGGGAUUUAUUAGUGAUUUACCAAUUCCUUCGUGCUUCAGGUUCAAGAAAAUGUAUUCAUGUAAUACUUCUUCAACCAAAGAGGAAACACCAAUUAGAGCUUUUUAAGUUUCUUUCCCACUUCCUUUUCAACUAUCAAGCUGUAGCACCUCCCAGCUCAGGUCACCCACCCAACCUUCUGGCCUGAGGCCUGGUUGCUCUCUGCCAGCUUCGCCCCUGCCUGAAUCUGACCUGUGUUCCCUCCUCUGUGCCGGGACAGGCCCCAUGCUGCUCUGGAUGGCUGUGCUGCUCUUCGACUGGCUGUACCUCAAAGCCUGGCCAAACCCUGUGUUUGAAGGAGAUGCCCUGACUCUGCGAUGUCAGGGACGGAAGAAUGUAUCACUGUCUCAGGUGAAGUUCUACAAAGAUGGGAAAGUCCUUCGUUUCUCUAAGGGGAAGCAGACUCUGUCCAUGGGAGCAGCAACAGUGCAGAGCUGUGGCCAGUACCACUGCACGGGGCAGGUGAUGUAUAUUUCACAGCCGUUCGCACAAACUUCAGAGGCUGCCAUGGUUCAAGUCCAAGAGCUUUUCCCACCUCCUGUGCUGAGUGCCAUCCCCUCUCCUGAGCCCCGAGAGGGGAGCCUGGUGACCCUGAGAUGUCAGACAAAGCUGCACCCCCUGAGGUCAGCCUCGAGGCUCCUCUUCUCCUUCCACAAAGAUGGCCGCACCUUGCAGGACAGGGGCCCCCACCCAGAACUCUACAUCCCAGGAGUCAAGGGAGGAGACUCUGGGCUUUACUGGUGUGAGGCGGCCCCUGAGGGUGGCCAGGUCCAGAAGCAGAGCCCCCAGCUGGAGGUCAGAGUGCAGGCUCCUGUGUCCCGCCCUGUGCUCACUUUGCACCAUGGGCCCACUGACCCUGCUGUGGGGGACGUGGUGCAACUCCUCUGUGAGGCCCAGAGGGGGUCCCCUCCAAUCCGGUAUUCAUUCUACCUUGAUGAGAAGAUUGUAGGGAACCACUCAGCUCCCUGUGGUGGAAUCGCCUCCCUGCUCUUCCCGGUGAAGUCAGAGCACGAUGGUGGGAACUACUCCUGCGAGGCUGAGAACAGCAUCUCCAGAGAGAGGAGUGAGCCCAAGAAGCUCUCUCUGAAGGGUUCUCAAGCCUUGUCUACUCCCACCGGCAGCAACCGGCUGGUUCCUUGGCUGCCUGCGAGCCUGCUUGGCAUGAUGGUCAUUGCUGCUGCACUUCUGGUUUAUUUGAGACCCUGGAGAAAAGCUGGACACCUUCCAUCCCAGUUACCACCCAUAGCUCCAGGUGGAGAGCAGUGCGCACUAUAUGCCAAUGUGCAUCACCAGGAAGAGGAAGAUGAAGGUGUCGUCUACUCUGUCGCGCGUGGAACCUCAAGGAGGAGUGCAGCCCGGCCUGCUGAGUUCACCGUGGGAAGAAAGGACACUUCUGUCAUCUAUGCAGAGGUGAGAUGCCUGCAGCCCAGUGAGGUUUCAUCCAAGGAGAUGAAUAUAAGAAGCAGGACCCUCUGAGAUCCCCUUGACGGCUGUGAGGAGAUUCUCUGCUAGUGAUGGUGUUUUCCUGUCAACACGUGCCCAUUCCCAGGCCCCAGUGCUCCCUGGGAGGACAGUGGACUCUUUGCCUCUUUUUGUGGGUCCUUCAGUUCCCAAGCCCAUCAUCACAGAGCCCUUGAGCCCUUUUCCUGACCAGGAGAAGCUGAACCCUGGAUUCUCCUCGUAGCAGAAGAACAAGCAAUGGAGUGGGAAGGGAGAUGCCCCCACCAACAGACACACUUAAGUUCAAGCAGUGACACUGGACACAGAAGCCAUAGAUAUAUUCUUUCCAUACAAGCAUGUGUUAGAGUCAGUUCCCCCCAAUAUAUGUAAUCAUCCCCUCCACCACUUAACCAGGAUAUAUAUAGGAAAUAGUCCUGUGCCACAUAACAUUUCAGUUAAUGACGGACUGCAGACACAACAGCGGUCCCCGAAGAGCAUAAUGGAACUGAAAACUUCCUACUGCCUAGUGAUAUAAUAGCUACCUUAACAUCACAGCACAACACAUUUCUCACGCGCUUCUGGCGAUGCCGAUACAAACAAGCUACAGCGCUGCUAGUCAUAUAAAAAUACAGCACAUACAAUUAUGUACAGUAGCUUAUACCUGAUAAUGAUAAACAACUAUG